AGAGAAACAAAAUGGCGGCACGAAUGCGAUCCAUGUUAGUCCGCGUCUUCAUGAAAGAUAUUAUUCCCGGUGCUUAUGCACCGAAGGUAACUGUUCCUAAUGGUAUCGUAUUGCUGCAUCAACCUCCGAUUUCAGAUGGAGUUCCUAUGAUUUCAAACUUUGCUCUGAAACUAGAAACUUACCUUCGAAUGGCAGACAUCCCGUACGAGAAUUCUUUCGUGCCCAAGAAUUCUUCCAAAGGAAAGAUACCCUGGAUCGAAUACAAUGGAAAGAAGAUCGCUGAUUCAAACUUUUGCAUUUCGUUUCUGAAUGAAGAAUUCAAAGUGGCUCUGGAUGACAAGCUCAGCAAAUCAGAGAAGGCUGUAUCUUAUGCUCUCAAAACUAUGGUAGAGGAGAACACUUAUUGGUAAUUAAGCCUUAUUGUAACUAAUUGAUUGUCUUUCUUAAAGCAGUUGUUACCGUGUGCUGACACAGCUGGUGUUGAUUACAUUCAAGCUGCAUUAUGGUGUGGGAGAAAUUUAGAAAAUCAAAGAUAUCGAUAUUUUUCUUUACUUUAGUAAUGAAUUUAAAGAAAGCGACAAAAUUUUUAAGUCUGUAAUACAUGUUUCGACAGAAACUUCUCUCAUCCUCAGUUAAUUAAUGUACAAAGCGUUGGAAGUUUAAUUGAAUUCAUAUUCAAAGAGAGGAACCCACCCUUGAAUCAACAAUUACACCAUGUAAAUCUAAAACUAUCCUUUUAAUUCUUACACUUUCAUGCUUUACCUCUUUUUGAGUUGUCACCAUUUACCUAAUUAGCAUUUUUCUACUUACUGUACAAUUCAACUUCCAACGCUUUGUACAUUAAUUAACUGAAGAUGAUAGAAGUUUCUGUCAAAACAUGUAUUACAGACUUAAAAGCUUUGUUGCUUUCUUUAAAUUCUUGACUUGCCUGCUAAUAUCAAGACACUCUUAAUUAUAUUUAUAAAUCUUUGACACACAGGAGUGAUCUGCACAUAAACUCUCCUUACAAUUUUACUACACUUUCAAGCUUAGAAGUACUGAGAAUUUAAAUGAUAAUCAAAGAAGGAUGUUGUCUUGAUAUUAAUCUAAGUUCUAAGGAAUAGUUAAUCAAAAAAUAUGUACUGAUAACUGGAGAGUUUAGCUCUCUGAUCUUGGGACUAAAUGUCUAAACUUUCUAUUAUAUUGACAGAGGUCUGUUUACAAAGUUGCUCAUUUAUUUUCUUGAUUGAUCACAUAACUGAACAUGGCAACAUGCUAUUUGUGUGUUUCACACCAUGGUCUGCUUAACUGGUCUGCAGAUGCUCAUUGUUGAGAAAAAGGAAUUUAAAAUGUUUUGAGUUGUAACAAAGCUAACUUAAUGUGGAAAGUUUUAAAUGGAAAAUUAAAACAGAUUGUGUUCUAUUCCUCCUGUUAGGACAAUGGUAUACUAUCGCUGGAUUGAUGCCACGGAUUUGACAUCAAAACGUUUCUUUCCAAGAGCCUCACAAAGGAAACGAGACUUCUUCUUUUCAAUGUUCCAGCGCACCAUUAAAGAGCAACUAAAUGGGCAUGGUAUGGGCCGUCAUAAAAAAGAGGAAGUUUAUUCCAUUGCAAAGAAAGACUUGCAGACCUUGUCUGAUUAUCUGGAUGUCAAACCAUUUGUCAUGGGUCAAGAGCCUACAGCUGUAGAUGCAACAGUGUUUGGUCUUCUGGCACAAUUUGUCUGGCAGGACAAGGGCUCCCCACAAAAUGCUGCAAUUCACAAGGAUUUUAAGAAUCUGCUAGGCUAUUGUGAGAGAAUGAAAGAGAGGUUUUGGUCAGACUGGGAUGAUGCAAUUGCAUUUAGGAAAAAAUUUCACACUGAAGCUUGAGUAACAUAGGCAAAGAACAUUUUCCUCUUCAUGCACAUAGGUUGAGUUACGCUGUACCUGUUACAUCUGAUAAACCCAAACAUGAAACAGUUAGGUUCUUUAACCCUUUCCACCCAAACAUUAGUAUACAUAUUCUCCAUACUCUUCUCUAUACAUUCCCUGAGGUCCUGAUGAGGAGAAUUUGUUUCAUAAUCCAUAACUUCUCUAGUUGGUGACCAUUUCCUUUAUUCUCAUGACCUUAAUGUGUGAUUUGGGGGUGAUAUUGUAAGGAGAAAUUAGAUGCUAGUCACCAUUAGGGGUUAAAGGGUUAACUUGUAUUGUCACAAUAUCAAUAUGUUUUCAAGGAGAGAAGUAAUGAGUAGAAAAAGGUUACCUAGGGGAUACUGUUUGAUUUGAAACUAAAUUCUCAGAGCUUGAUUAUAAGAAAUGCAUUGCUGGCAGUGUGUAGAAUUGACAUUCGAAUCUUGAGAGCAGAGGGUUCAAUCCUCAUCUCUUGGUAGAAGAAUUUGAAGAAUAAUUCUUCAGGUGAUUAAGAGAAAGCUUAAAUGUAGCAUUAAUCUUACUGGAACUUCAAGGGUAGGUUUUUUUUUCAACUUCCCAAAUUGCUUACAUGUAAGAGGGUUCAAUCAAGCAAAAUUUAUUACUUUAUGUAAAUUCUCACACCAAGAAUUUAUAGGGCAUUGUUUUUGAACCAAUUUUUUUCAUGUUAUCCUUUAUCAACAAUACCCCUUUCCAGUUUAGCACUGACAGUAGAGAGGAAAGUUUUCCCUUAAAAUACUGCAACAUCCAAAACUACUAUUUUAUGUUCAGUACUCAUAUAGCUUCUUUUGAAAAAUUUGCCUUUUGGUUUGGGUAUCCUUUGUGCUGUUUAUGUCUGAAAAGUUAUAAUUUUUACCAUACUUAUGCAUGAAACAUAUGAUCAUUUGAAAAUGUUACAAGACCAACAAGAUACGAUUAUUAAAAGACAAAUUAGUAUUCAAAGUCUCAGUAUUCUCACUAUUUGCAGUUUGCUGGAUAAUGUGUG